AUGGCUGACGUGCCGGCCCUCCAGGCUAUCGUGACAUUUAUCAGGGUUACUGAGUUUACACCAAUGGCGUACAGACGUGGUUUCCAGAUACAGACACUGUCGGGAAGGUAUGAGGAAAGGCUGCCUUUUAUGCACAUAUAUGUCCCCCAGAGAUACCGUCCCCGCAAUCUGACGAUCAAUGAGCACCGACUCACCACUCCUUUCGACAUACACUCAACGCUUAAGAAUAUACUCGAAGGUAAACCAAAUACUACUUUAAAAUAUGGGUUAUCCCUAUUAGAGGAGAUCCCAUACAACAGGAGCUGUGAUAGUAUACCCGUAUUAGAGCACUGGUGUGUCUGUCAUAUAAGUCGACGCAUACAUGACUUACACAGCGUUAGACCUAUGGCUGAGUUUGUGGUCACAAAACUCAAUGACUUACUGCACGACAAGUAUAGCAAUUCAAACAAUAGUCAAGUCAAUAGACUCGUCGUUUUGAGCGAUAAUAAGGCCUUUGAGUCCGAAGUGAAGCACUAUUUGCUGACAAUUCGUGUCCAUCCGAGUGAUGGGAUAGAAUAA